AUGUGUGAUGGAUUUCAGUUGGUCGGACGCAUCCCUUAUCUCUUUACCGAGCCAAGACCUCUGCUUGUUGCCAGUGAAGUCGCAACGAUGCACUUUCUUCGUUUACAUGGUAUCCCUGUUCCCAGGAUCUACGGGUACUCAGCUACAUCAGAUAACGGUGCUGGGACUGAAUACAUGUUUAUGGAGCUUGUCCAUGGGAAGAACCUUGGCGACAUCUGGUUUGACCUGUCGAUAGAGGCUAGAAUCACUGUCGUCACUAACCUAGUUGAGUUAGAGUCUCGAUUGUUCUCUCUUACCUUUCCAGCAAGUGGCAGUCUGUAUCACACCAAAGAUAUGGGGCCUGGACUCAAGAAGGUCGAGGUGCCAAUUGCGGAUUCUGCAUAUGAUGGUCACUUUUGCAUUGGUUCUGAUACAAGACUUAACAUGUGGCGUGGAAAAAGGCUCAACAUCCAGACUGACCGUGGACCAUAUUCCAUAGCCGCUCUUGAAGCUGGAGCCAAAAAGGAAAUUGCAUAUUUAACAAAAUUCGGCCGACCGCUCCACCCGUUUCAGCGUCUACACCGGGAAGUCCAUGGUUACCAAUUACAAUCCCCUUCUGAACACUUGAGCAACUUGGAAAAAUACUUGCGAACUGUGCCACACCUCAUACCCGACGGCAACAGUACCCUUGUCCACCCGACAAUGAGACAUCCUGAUCUUCAACUAAAUAACAUCUUUGUGUCCGAUGAUUUCAGCAUCACAAGUGUGAUUGACUGGCAGCACUGCACAAUCCUCCCACUUUUCCUGCAAUGCGGUAUCCCCAAUAGUAUCCAAAACUACGGCGACAGCAUCUCCGAAUCACUUACAUUCCCUGAUCUACCACCGAAUUUCGACGAGUUAAGCGAGUAUGCACAGUCUCAGGAGACAGAGCUCUUACGUCGGCGCCAACUUCACUACUUCUAUGUCGCAGCGACUGCCUCCUUGAACCCAACGCAUUACGAUGCCUUAACAGAAAACUUUGGCACAUUGAGGCGUAAACUCUUUGAACAUGCGGGUGACCCAUGGGAAGGCGAUAUCGUUACUCUCAAAAAUGACUUGGUCUACUUGACAAAAAAGUGGGACAAAGUAGUGGCCUCUAAGUCCAAUACAGGCGACGAGACUAGUCAUCUCUGUCCUAUCGCCUUCUCAGAAGACGAAGUGGCCGAAUGCUUGCGUCUGAAUGAUGCGCAAUUGGAGGCAGACAAAUCACUUCGGAAUUAUAGAGAUUUUAUCGGUAUUGGGAUUGAAGGAUGGGUGCCUGUUGAGCAGUAUGACGAGAUAAAGCAGCGGGAACAAGAGUUUAAGGCUGAUGUACUCGAAGCUGCAGAUGCUGAAGGAGAGGGAGAGAAGAUUCGCGAGCAUUGGAUAUUUGAUGAUUUUGAUGAGGAGGAGUAUUCGUAG